UUCCCAUUUUAGUGAAGAAAAAUUACAAUGCAGAGUACAGAGUACAGAGUACCAAUAGGCAAUACAGCUGUCCAAUGGGCGAUUUGGAUAAAGUUACGCAUCCCAUGUUGCUCUGAGAAUUCUAAGAUGGAAGCUGACGCGUUAGAGGUUGAAGUUUGCGGUGAAAAUGGAGCUUAUUACAAGGCAUUCGUUAGGCGGUUGCACGAAGAUGACGUUACGGUCACAUUUGAAAAUUCGGUUAUUAUGAAGAUGUUGGAACACGCUUUCAAACAGAAGGGAAUGGAACAAGAUACCGAAGCACACGGAGAAAGCAGAUGGCAGAUGGAUAUCAGGUUGCCCUUCUCCAGUGUACGACUGCCGCCGGAUCCAGACACACAGCUCUUCGAGCCGCAGGAGGGCGAGGAUGUGGAGGUGAUGUCACGGGCGGUGGAGGAUGAGCCGUGUGGAUGGUGGAAAGCAAAGGUUCUCAUGAUCAAGGGAGAAUUCUACGUGUGCGAGUUUGCCGGCUGGGACAAGGCCUACAAUGAGAUUCUCACCAUCGACCGCGUGCGACGGCCCAACAAGAACCUGCCGAUAAGCAAGCGUAGUUUCUCCCAAGCUGAGAUACCCAUCCCAGAUGAUCUUCAAGAAUUUUCGAAAGAUGUCAAUCAGCAUAAGGAGUUUAAGAAGGCGAUUGGUGCUGCUGUUGUCUAUUAUAACGAAGAUGAUGGCAAUUUGAUAGCCUUGAGUACUCAGAAUCAGGCCGUCAAGCGAGCCGAGAUGCUGAGCCAGAUGCACUUCAGGAACCUGCGGCAGAAAAUCCUCCUGCUCACCAGGACGGAGGAGGCGACAAAGCAACUCGAGAGCACGCGUCUGCACGCGAACGCGGGACACGUGCAGGAGUUCUCCGUGCGAGAGGAUCUGAUGGGUCUAGCUAUCGGCGCACAUGGAGUGAAUAUCCAGCAGGCGAGGAAGGUAGACGGCGUGACGGCCAUCGAACUGGACGAGACGACGUGCACCUUCAAGAUCUACGGAGAGACGGAGGAGGCGGUGAAGAAAGCUCGAUUUUACCUGGAAUACGCAGAAGAAUCCGUACAAGUGCCUCGCUCUCUCAUCGGGAAGGUGAUAGGAAAGAACGGCCGCAUCGUGCAGGAGAUAGUCGAUAAGUCCGGCGUCGUGCGGGUGAAGAUAGAGGGCGAUAACGAGCAGACGCGCAUCAAGCGCGAGGAGGGUCAGGUUCCGUUCAUCUUUGUCGGUACAGUGGAAGCAAUCACGAACGCAAAAGUGCUACUAGAAUAUCACCUUGCUCACCUGAAAGAGGUAGAACAACUACGCAUUGAACAAGAGGAGAUUGCGUACCAACUGCGCAGCAUGGGCGGAGGUCCACAGGGCACGAGGACGGGCAGAGGUUACGACUCCCAGGAUGAGAGUUUUCGAGGUCGUGGUCGUGGCAGGGGCGGAGGAUUUCGCGGGGGACGUGGCCGGGGCCGUGGUUCCUAUGGCAACGGUGAUCGCUCAGGUACCGCUAGUGGUGAGGAGUCGGUGAGCGACUGGGACCAAGGCGAAGGUCACAAUGGCUUCCCGCGUCGCGGCCGCGGUGCGUCCAGGGGGCGCUACCAGCGGGGCCGGGGUCAGGGCGGCGGACGCCCUUCCUUCCCGUCCAGUUCCGAAGCUUCGAGAAACCGGUCGCCCGAGCGGGAGGGAGCGUCAGGGGAGCCGAGGGGUCGCGGGCGCGGCGGCGACCCCAGGCGCCGGGUCACGGACGAGGACGACACGGUGCUGGACAGUCAGGAGGUGUCGAGCGUGAACAGUAUGGACAGAGAGAGCGUGUCGUCCUUGGACGGCUCUAAGGCGCAGCGUAAGCGCAAGCGACGCAAGAACCGCAAGGCGAAGGGAGAAGAGGAGGCUACGGCCGCCGCCGCCGGCACCGCGCCUGCAGAGGACACCACCAGCUGGCCGGACGAGGUCACCGUCAACGGCGCUGCGGAAAACAGCAAUAACAACAACAGCAGCGGCAACAGCAACGACUGGCACGACAACGGCGGCGGCAGGGGCGCCAGGCGAGGAAACUUCGCGCACCGCGCCAGCAAGUACAAGAGCGGCGCCCCCUUCAGGGAGGGCGGCGCGAACGGCAGAGCCGAGGUGAUGGAGGAGACAGCGCCGCGACCGAACGCGUGGCCAUAGGUUGCCGCGGCAACGACCCGCAGGAGGUCAAGGUCGAUGGAGGGCGACACCGCCGCCGCCGCCGCGGCGUUUGUUUCCCUCAUCGCCAGCAGGAUUGUGGGAUUGCAUGUCAGUGCAGGGCGCGCGACCAGCGGGCCUCGCUGGCCAAUCGCGACACUGCCACCUGUCAUGUGAUCGUACAAGCCUGCUGAGUCAUACCCCAUUGUUGAUCAGGACACCCUAUUUGGACGACGAGACUUGACUAUCCCAACUGACAAGAGAGAGGGAGAGAGAGAGAGAGAGUGAUUGAGAGGGAGAGGGAGAGAGGGAGCGAGAGAUGAGAACACAAAGAAUAUGAAGUGGCAGGGUGUGGUAAAUGCGUGGAAUGUUGUGUGAUCUCACCUCCUGGCCCUAUCUUCUUUGUCAUUUACCUGGAAGUACGGAGAAAUCAGACGACCGCGUGACGUUUAAUUUUGGAUGUGUUUAGUUCGUAAAGUGCAUGCGUUUUUGCUGAUUGCUUGAUAUAUAAUCUAUGCAACGAUGUGGAAGUAUUUGCUUGCUUUUUUUAUUCCUAAAAAGAGAUGCUCUAACGUGACGCGAGGGAUUAUCGGUAAUUUUAAUGCGAGUGUUAUGGAUUAUAUCGAAUGCGUAACUACUGCACGACAAAGUACCCGUGCGACUUAUCGAGAAUUCAAUGUGCCUCUCUUUAAAGUGCGCAGCUGGUUUUUGUUGGUGCUGCAAUGACUGACCGCAUGGCAGAUAUUUUCUGCAUUCCUGAGCUUGUCCUGAGAAGAUGUUCAAGUGUUUAUUGGCGCCGACUGUUGGAAGGUAGACUUGAUCAGGCUAGGGAGUCAUAGCAGUGAACAAGGCUAGCGUGAGAAGUGUGAUCAGGGUACAGUAUUCUGUAUUACUUGCUCAGCAUGUGUGUGCGUGCAUGUUUUAAGCAUAAGUUGACGUGUUCACAUUAACCUCACUUCCAUACAAAGACACUUGACAAGUAGAAUGCACGGUAAGGGGG